AGGGCUUGCAGGAAGCCAGCCGGGCUCGCUCCUCUCUAAGCAGCCCCGGGAAAGGCGGCCGUUUUGCAGUUUGCACCCGUCGGCGGGCACCGCCUCCAGCCGGCCUCUUCUCUUCUCUUUCUCGGCCAUGGCGCGGCCGGAGCUCGCUUGGCUGGCCGGCUUCCUGCGCGAUUGGCCCGGCCCUUUGGGCCCCGCCGAACCGCCGCCCUGGACCGCUUCCACCGCUUUGCUCCGGCCGGACGAAACGGAGGCCGAAUUGACCGAACGGGCUCGCGGCUUCCUGGGCAGAAGCCUCUCUCUGGAUGACGUUGAUCGCGCCUACUUUGCCGUCUACGAUGGUCAUGGAGGGAUCGAGGCCGCUAAUUACGCUGCUGCCCAUUUGCAUGUCAAUGUGGCGCAUCACGAGAAGCUUCUGGAAAACCCCGCGGAAGCGCUGAGAGAUUCCUUCCAGAAGACGGACGAGAUGUUUCUCUUGAGAGCCAGGAGAGAGAAGCUUCGGAGCGGCACCACAGGGGUGUCUUGUUUCCUGGUUGAUGACAAGCUGCACAUAGCCUGGCUGGGGGAUUCUCAAGUGAUGCUGGUCCAGCAAGGAAAAGUUAUAACUCUGAUGGAGCCUCACAAACCAGAACGAGAG